AUGGACAGCCCAACAGAAGGCCGUGAUGAUGAGCCCUCGUACAUCGACUACGAGACCUUUGUCGCACCAGACUUCUCGCCUGCCGCAUUCGCAAACACCCUCGUCCUCUCCACCAACAACGCAAACGACACCCCCCUCGACCUGUCCACGCCGCUGUCCCGCGUCCUGUUCGACAUCCAGGAGAUCGACUCCCACAUCGACCUCCUCACCACCCGCUCCGCCCUCCCCUUGCUCACACACACAAAGGACCAGACCGAGGCCAGCGGCAGGAUCGUCAGCGAGCUCGACGGCCAGAUCAAGAGCCUGAACGACAGCUACAAGCAGCUGGAGAGGGAGGUCAUCCAGAAGCAUGCCGAGGCCGACGAGGUCAGGCAGGUCGCCAGCCGCCUCUGGGAGACCCUGAGGAUGGGCCGCGCCGUCGGCCGCUGCCUGCAGCUCGGGCGCCAGCUGGAGGUGCAGCACGCAGAGCUCGCCCCCGGCACCAAGAAGGAGGACCACAGGGCCUUGGUGCGCUGCGCACACACCAUACUGUCGCUGCGCGAGAUACUGGAGCACAAGGGUUCCGGCGACGAGGGCCAGGGCCUCGACAGGGUCGACAGCAUCCGGUCGCUGCAGGAAAAUGUCACCGGGCCCAUCGAGACGUCGGUCAGGGAGACGAGCGAGAGGAUAAUACGCGAGUUCUCAAUGGGGUCUGCCUCGGGCUCUUCGACAUUUGCGCAGUCCGAGGAGACCAAGGCCCGGACGAUAUCCGCACUGUCAACGCUAUAUCUCCUCUCACCAACAACCCUGGAGAAGGGCCAGAAGUGGUCGCCAAUCUGGAUGCUGCGCGCCCUGGAGGCCUACCUGCGCACGCAGCUGCAGAGCAGCACCUCCACCCUCCGCGACGCCCUCGCCGCCCUGCCCAGGCUGGAGCGGACCUUGGCCGAGGUAGCAGCCCGGUGCCAGAACAUCGUCGCCCUCGAGAUGGUCCUAGAGGCCACCAAGGCCCCAGCACACCCGCUGCUGCCCCCGGGCCCCGGCACGGAAAAGGGCCAUGGCAACCUCCUCCACCCGCUGCUGGCCCACCUCGAGACCGGCUCCCUGCCCAGCUACUUCUGGCGCACCAUGGCCGGCGGCCUGUCCUCUCGCGUCCAGGAGAUCAUCAACCGGGGUGGCGUCUCUGCGCGGACACUAAGGACAAACAAGGACAACGUGGCGGCGUUCAUCCGGGAGUGUGUGAUCCGCGGCAGCCAGCCACCGAGUGCCAUGGCCAAGACAAAAGGUGAGAGGGCGGCUGGUUGGGACCGUGAGGUUGCCGUCAUGGUGGGAAGUGUGACUGGCAACCUCGGACGGUGA